UAUACUAAUUUUAACGAGUUUAUUAGUGUGUUCGGGGAACAGAUGAGGAGCCCGUGUUUUGGAAUGCAGAAACACGUUCUAAAGGAAGGACAGUGUACUUUUAACGGACGGCGUCAUUCAUGAAAGAGGUCAGUCAGGACAAAGGGGAUAAAUUCAUUCAGCAAAGGUAGCUGAGGAAGUAUAAAAUCAGAAGUUCCUACGCAUUUAGGAUCUUUAAAUGCGCCAUUAGUCUUUCGAGGCGGACGCACGGGCUGACGUUAUAUGCUAGCCCAGGUUAGCCCAAUUCUGAGCCAUAAAUCGAGGAGAGAUUUCUAGUGAUUGUAUAAAGCACCUAAGAAUCUCGGAAAAAUGAGCGAGCAACUAAAAUUUAUUGUCGAACAACUGAACAAAGAUCCGUUUAAGAAAAACUUCAAUUUAAUCACGUUUGACUCCCUUGAACCGAUGCAGCUGCUUCAGAUUCUAAAUGACGUUUUAGCUGAAGUAGACCCAAAGCAAGCUAUUGAUAUUCGCGAGGAAAUGCCCGAACAAACUGCGAAGAGAAUGUGUGCUCUUCUUGGAAUGCUGAAAUACAAACCACCUGGCAACCAGUCUGAGCUGAGCAGCUUCAGGCAAGGUCUUGUGGUUGGGAGCAAACCUGCUGUCCAUCCCAUCCUGCACUGGCUUCUGCAGAGGGUCCCAGAGCUAAAGAAACGAGCUUACUUGGCUCGUUUUCUUGUUAAAAUUGAUGUUCCUGCAGAGUUCCUGGCGGAUGACGUCAUCAAUGACACAUAUCACCAGUAUGAAGAACUGGUGGAAGGAUUUAAGACCAAUCAUAAGGAAUGUGAGCAGCUCAGGACAUCAGGGUUUUCCACAGCAGAAAUCAGAAGGGACAUUAGUGCAAUGGAGGAGGAGAAAGGUCCACUAAUUAAACGUGUGGAAAGGUUGAAGAAGAGGGUGGAGUCAGUGUCCAACCAUCAACAGAUGCUGGAGCAGGCCAGACAACUGAGAAUUGAGAAGAAGAGAGAAGAGCAUUUGGCACACCAGAAACAAGAACAAAAGAACCAACUGUUUCAGGCAGAGCAGAGACUGCAGAGGUUGCAGCAACAGUUAAAAGACAUGCGACAGGCUGCAGCUGAUGCCAGUCCAGAUAACUUAAUGAAAAGGCUCGAAGAGGAGAUCAAGAUCAACUCGUACAUGGUCUCUGAGAAACUCCCCAAAGAGUUGGAGGUGCUCAGGCGUACGGUUCAGUACCUUCAGAAAGUGGCAUCUGAGCCCGCCAUGGGUCACGGUGAUCUCCUCGAGCUGGGUCAAAAGAUUAAAGAGGUUGACUCUCAGAUAAAUCAGCUGAUUGAGAAGAAGAUGAUGAGAAGCGACCCUAUAGAUGACAAACUCACCCUGUACAGGCAGCAGGCCUCCAUUAUCAUCCGUAAGAAGGAAGCAAAAGCCGAAGAGCUGCAGGAAGCGAGGGAGGAGUUAGCAGCUGCAGAGCGAGAGCUGAAACAUAGGGCCAGCCAGGCACUGGCCUCCAACGGGGAAGAGAUCGUCCGGGGUGACGAGCUGAAACGUUUGGUGGUGAAACUGCGAAGCAAGGGUACAGUAUACAAGAAGAAACGUCAAGAAAUCGCAGAGCUGAAGGCCGAGUAUGGAGUUCUACAACGGACGGAGGAGAUUCUCAAGCAAAGGCAUGAGGCUGUCCAAGAGAAACUGCAAACUGUGGAAGCUGAGAAGGGUAUCUCUGGCUACAGCAAUACUCAGGAGGAAUUAGAGAGAGUGUCAGCCAUCAAAAGCGAGCUAGAUGAAAAGAAGGGCCGCACUCUCGAUGACAUGUCUGAAAUGGUGAAGCAGUUGAAUUCAGUGAUAGUGGAGAAGAAGUCAGCUCUUGCUCCCAUUAUCAAAGAGCUGAGGUCACUGAGGCAGCAGUGUCAGGUGUUAAAUCAGGAGUAUGAAGAAAAGAAAUCCCAGUAUGAAAGUUGUGCUGCCGGUCUGGAGAGCAACAGAUCUAGAUUGGAACAGGAGGUGAAAGCAUUGAGAGAGGAGACAGCACAGGAGGAAAACAGAUAUCAUUCCAUCAACUGCAAGUCUGAGGUCAUUGAGAUGCAAAUACAGCGGGCGGCUGAGGAGAUGAAGGCCUACGUGUCCUCUGAUGUCCAGGAGAGGAAAAAAGCCAUCAGGGAAGUGUACAUGAAGAACAUUGCAGAGCAGGAGCUACUUGGCAAGAAGUUACGUGAGAAACAGAAGCUGGUGAGGGAGAGCCAUAGUGCUAACAUGGAGCAGAUGAAGAUGUGGCAAGACUUGGAGCAGCUGAUGGAAUGCAAGAGACAGUGCUUCAUAAGAGUGCAGAAUGAGGCAUCUGUCGGUCAGGUCAUCCAAGAAGGAGGAGAGGAUAGGUUGGUGCUGUGAGGGCUAACAUGAUUUCGGUGCAUGUAGACUUACUUAUUUUUAAACCCCACUGUGCUAUUAUUUAUUUUAAUUGCUUUAUGAAAAUGCAUUAUGAGUUUUCUUACAUGAGGAGCACAGCGAUCCGUUUUAUGACAUCGUUUUGAGAUUUUCAGUGUUUAAACUCUGUGUGACCCACCAGACUUUUUGACACAUGCUUAUCCUUUAAUGUACUUUCGAUCCAAGUGUCCACCGAUAACAGCACACAAAGUGGAGUACCGGUGGCCAUGGUCAACUAUUUUUAGCAAGAAUAACCUGACCUUGGACUGUGUUUCUCACCAAUUUUGGAGAUAACUGUUGCUAUGUAUCCAAUUCAUAUGUUAUUCUUGUUUGUUGAACUAUUGUUUUUCAAGAUAUAGAGAAUGUAUGUUACACUAUGUAAAGUUUUUUUGUUUGUUUUACUGAAUGCUUUGGCAAGGUCAUGUUUAUACCCCCCACCCCCAUUUUAUACAUUUUAAUAAAUAUUACACACAAUGUGCAAGAAUAAUAUAAAAAUGUUAUAUUUUAACUUUUGUAAUGAGCAACUGUAAUAAUGGUUUUGCAGUUGAAAUGAUCAAAACCCAA